AUGGUGUUGCCUCUCUUGCGGUCCAACCAUUUACCACGAAUAGUGUUUUGCUCCGGCUUCAGACCUCUAAGUGUUCUCAGCACCUACGGGUCUUAUUAUCAGCCGAGCAGAAACAUCAGUACAUCACUAUGUCGUAGAGACAUCGAUCAGGCGGCCAGAUAUAUUGGUGCUGGUGCGGCGACGGCCGGCAUGGCCGGAUCAGGAGCUGGUAUUGGAACCAUCUUUGGGUCACUGGUGAUUGCCUACGCUCGAAACCCUGCCUUGAAGAACAAUCUCUUCAGUUAUGCCAUUCUCGGUUUCGCACUCUCCGAAGCCAUUGGUCUUUUCGCCAUGUUAAUUGCAUUUAUGCUCUUGUACGCAGUCUGA